AUGGACAACUCCUCGACGCCGCUCGCCGACUACUUCUGGAUCGCCGGUGUAGAGUCCAUUUCCUACAAUGAUCCUACCCCGCCGCAGCCCACCCCGUCCAACCUCGAGGACACCAUCGCCGAGGACAGCGAACAUGAGGAUAGCGACAGCGAACUGAACGCUACCCCGAGCAAGCGCGUCGCUCGCCACUCGAGGCAGAACUCCGGCGGACGCACCUCCAACGGCCGCUUCUCCAUUCACACCUUGGAUGAGGUCGACGGGAACACGAGAAGCAACCGCAGCAGCGCUACGAUCCGACCUACCCAAGCCGGCCCGAUCAACGGCACCAGCAGCCCCACGAACGGUGCCAGCAGCCCUCCCGGCACCGGUUUCAACGGCCUCAACGGCCUGAACGGGUUCAAUGGUCUCAACGGGGACAUGCCCUUCGUAGAGGGCUUUGACUUCGAUAAGGCGUUGCUCAAGUUCGCCGCCGAACGGGAAAACUUCCUCGAGGACUUGUCCUUCAGUGCCGGAGCCAAGGCGCAGGCCAAACCUAUGGUUAACCCGCGAGCUGAGCGCAUCAAGGCCGAGGAGGGCGAUAUGAGUGGCCGGAGAAGCCCUCUUCGCAGUAUCGAAAGGAGCAUCAAGGGAAGCAUCCGCCGAAAGAUGAGUUUUAGGGACAUGAACAGCAUGCGAAAGCAACCCACCACUCCGCGAGCAAGCACACCGGGAGCCGGUACGAUCCCCCGCCAAGGUCCAUCCUCCUUUAACACGCAACCUCCAAGUCCUUGCCGCCCUACUAACACGCUGGAUCCAGCCUCGAUUAGGACCGCGAAGCGCUUGAGCAACUACAACUCCGUCAUUCCUCCCCCUGAGCCCCUGAACACAGACCCAGACAUGCACCCUCUCAAGAGGCGUUUCGAGCCCGUAUUGCUGGACAGGUACCCCGCCAAGGACGCGACCGACGAGAUCAGUCGCCGUGGAAAGUUUCCGGAUUACGUUCCCAUGUUUGCCUUCCCCAAUGACAUUCAGAUCGUUUCUUCCGAUGACCGGCCGCGUUCAACCUGGCACGGUUUCACAAUGACAUCGGACGACAACUCCAAGAUCUAUGGUAUCACCAUCAUUAUCUGGACUGCCAUUACGUCCGAGGUUGCAGACGAGGUAGAGCAGCGAUGCGAGCAAUGGCGACAGAGUCACAUGUCCAACGAAGAGCGAGAGUUGGCGGCCAGUCUGGGUGUACGACUCGCGGCCGAACGCGCUCACCUCUCCCAGCUUCUCGCGAAGCUGCCGACCAUCCCCUCAGGCUCUUCAGCUCGUGAUAUUCUGGACGACCAGAUCAGUGCGGUGGAGGAAAAGAUCAGUCUCAUGACAGAAAUGUUGAGACCGCUGAGGCACGGCGCCGCGUCUAAGAUUGACGGCCUGACUGCUGGCGAGAGUGGCUUGUGGGCCCCCCGAGCCUACGGCAUCUUGGGCAGAGACGCUACAAGAAUGUCGUUCUGGAAGGAGUGGCUCAGAGCUGUCGUGGUUCCCAUGACAGACGGGGCCAUUUUGCGGGUACCACCCAGCUCGCCAAAGGUUGGUCGUUGGCAGCCUCUGGAACGCUAUGUCGUCAACCUGUGCACCGAGGCGUUCAGCCCUCUGUCUUCCAAGACCCAGGUUGAGCUUGGCGUGCGGGAGCUGCGCCUUUACUGCCGAAAGGAGGCGACAAACGAGAUCCCUGGAGCGAGAACAAUCGACAUCUACGCUCUGUUCCGAUGCCUCUCGAUCGAAAACAUCGUCACCCUCUACGAAUACGCCAUGUCGGAGUCUCGCAUCAUCUUCAUCUCUUCCCACACAGGCAUGCUUCACCUGGCAUGCCACGCACUGGCCAACUUGUUGUAUCCCCUUAAAUGGGCGAGCAUCUUCAUUCCUGUGCUUCCUGCGCGCCUGCUGUCUGCGCUGGAUGCGCCUUGCCCCUAUAUCGUCGGUAUUGAGAGACGUUACGAGAAGAUUGAGUUGCCUGACGAUGAUUACGUGCUUGUCGAUUUGGAUAUGGACACGAUCGACGCCACCGCGCAGCCUGUCCGCUUGCCUCGGCAGCAUCGCCGUAAGCUCGUCUCGCUGCUUCACGUUGCUGCCCCGCAUCACAUUCGCUAUGGCGUGACGACCGGGCCUCCGCCCUACGCGAUGGAGUCCUACCCCUAUGAUGCCUUCUCGGUUGAGAAUGACACGCUCUUCAAUUCCAGCGUUGGCUCAAGCUCGCUGGGCAAGUGGGUUGCGCAGAACUCUUCAUCCUUUGCAGAACCGGAUCCGCCCAACACGGUGCGUCCUCCCAUCUUCAACGCCUUCUUGCACUCCAAGGGCGAUCACGGCAAAUCCGACCGUCCCGACACGAGCAAGUCCGGGAAGACCAGCCCUCAAUCCUCGGUCUCUCCGGUGUCGAUGAACUUCCCGCCAAUGCCAACUACGCCCGUCUCCCGCAGUGACUCCGGCUUCGCCCAGACUCUCCGGGAAAAGAAGUCUGGACACUUUGAUGAGAAAUCGCGCCGCAGCUCAUCAUUUGGUGUGGAUAAGCACCCGCCUCUUCACAGGCCAAGCUUGCCCUUCCUCAACGGACACAAUGCGAGCAUGUCGGUAUCCGCCAUCUCGGUCGACUCCCAGUCUUCAUACGGUGGAUAUGGUGGCGGCUAUGCUCCGUCGACCUAUGCCCAGUCCACGAUUGCGGCAUCUACCAUCAUGCCCAAUAUGUUGAUCCAGCCUGUCAGAAACACCGAGACAACUGUCUGGGUUGAAGGCCAUUGCUUCAACUGGAUUGCCCACGACAUGUCUUCGACGUGUACUGUUUGCGAUGAUAAGUCUGAGGGAGACGGCAUCUACGAGUGCGCUCAUUGCGGUGCUUAUGCUCAUAGCCGCUGUUUGGGACACGCUUCCAUCGUGUGCAGUGAAGCAUUCCAUCCCGAUAGGGUGCGAGCCGCCUUCGUGCGUUGCCUCGCCAGCUUGCUGUACACUUACAGGAAGCAUCUGGGCCGUCCCAACAAGGACCAGAAGAGCAACGGUCAGUUGUACGCCUUUGACAUGGCUGGUUUCGUCAAGAGUCUCCCGUACGACCAACAGCCGUACGCAACUAUGUUGCGAGACACUCAAGCGUUCAACGAAUUCAUCCACGAGCGCGAGACUCACUCGGCUAACCAUGCCGCCAUCCGUCUCUUCGACGAGGUCAUCAUGGCAAAGAAGGCUAGAGGCCGUCCCACACUGACAUCGGGACUUUCCCGUCUGUCGACUCUUCGCAUGUCACACGGCGCAUCUAGCAACGCGUCAGGCUUUGCUGCGCCGUCGAAGCUCAAGAUUCCCGCUUACCUGGGUGACACCUCUGAUCACAUGUGGCGAACCGCUUCGGUACCCGUCCCCAACGCCAAGUUCCCCGGCGAGUACCGAACCGUCGUCACCCGAAUUCCCACCAAGCUGGACCCUGCCUUGAUGAGAGAGCCCCGUGCGAUUCAGGGCGUCCCGCGGCCCGAACAGCGCAGAGGCGGCCUCCUGCGCAAACAGGUGCCCAGCAUGGUGGGCAGUCCACCAAAGUAA